AUGAGCAAGGAUGGGGGGUUGAGGAGUCAGUUGCUUGAGCCAGUGGGGUCCGAAAUCCCGCCUUUUGGGCAGUUAUUUGGAAGGGAGGAACAUCGUUUACUGUCUCGGAGUAAUGACAACACAUGGGAGAGAGUGUUGAAUUCCGUGCAGACGUUGGAGGGUCUAGCUGGAGUAGGUGGUGGCCAGUUCGUGGGAGGGCUGUUGGGGAUGUGUACGGCGGUGGAGAUGGUGGAUAAGCAAUUGACAUCGACGACCAACGAUUUGGAGCGUAUUGCUAACGAUCGAGACAUAGAGGGUCGGUAUGUGAAUGUUCAUUUGGCGGUUAAAUCCUUUCAACGUUCGGAUGCAUCUAAGACCUUCAAACCGACCGAAACGCGUUCCGUGGUAUGGUGUCGACGGACUGUGGAUAUGUGUUUAAAGUUACACGGCUCGGCAGACGACCCAGAUGCAACCCCCAUCUGGCUAUAUCAGCAGGGCCGCAAAUACCGCUUCUUAGAUGUCUACAACUUUCUUCGCGACAGAUUUCGAGGUCUGUGGCAGGAUCUAACUAUUCAACAUUCUCCCACUCAUCAAGGCAAUAUUGAGGUACUGGAGAUAAGUUGUCGGUUGCUCAUUCUGGCCGAAGAACUGUUAGCAGAUGACCCAGAGUUUACAUCUGUGCAGAACAAUAAUCUUCUCUCCACAUGUCUGGAUAAACUGAUGGCUUCCUACGAGGCUGUUCGAGAGACGUUAAGGAAUUCGCCAUCGAAGCACGAAUGGCCAGUCAGUUCCGCACUGCAGUCCAAUCUCGACGACCAUAGAUUACAGGAAUUAAAGGACAUCCUCGUAUACGAGUCGCCUUUUGAAGCCGAAUUCUGGUGCUACCGAAUCCUCCUAUGUCUCUCCUCCCAGGACUCCUCCUCGGCUCUUCACGUAAUGUUCAAGGUACCAGACUCCUUCAAGCAAAACCCUUUGGUUCGUCUUGCCACGGCCGCCGUAAACGCCUUUUACGGUGGGAACGAAACACGCUUCUUCAAGUUCACUCCACAAGCACCUCCACUACUCGCCAUUCUACUUAACAAAUACAACGACCUCGCUCGAGUCAGACUACUAGGGAAAGUCGCUUGCGACUCGAUCAGACGACAGAACUCCAGGAUCCCCCUAGCAACCUUCGGAAGACUCUUCCUACUCAACAACCCAAAAUCCAUAAACAACUUCUGCAGCCUUGUCAACGCCACAAUUCUACCCACCAACCAAACAGACAACAACAAUUACGUAGAAGUAUCUCAGGCCGUCGCACCUACCAUCACGUCGCAUACCACAGACCCACAGCUCAUAAGCAAUAUCAACCGCCACUCCGGUGGUAGACUGCGACUUUUGGACCCCCGUUUAUCUACAACAUCCGAUCUUGACGACUCCGUAGUUCGACGCCACAAUACCGUCCGUCGUAAUUCGAUUAGUCUCAACUCAUCCAAUGGACGCGGCUCAUCGAUGUUUGGCGGGUCCACGACCCCCAGGACGAACAUUAGGGCCCACCCCGGCAGAACUACGGAACGCUUCCCGUCAUCGGGGUUUCCUCCUUCCGGGCUUCCUCCUUCCGGGUUUCCUCCUUCCGGGUUUCCUCCUUCCGGGUUUCCUCCUUCCGGGUUUCCUCCUUCGGAUAUAAGCUCUACUCCGCAUCCCCCGGUCUCUUCCUGGCUGGCUCCGGAGUUGUCAAGCGCAGGUGGAAGACUGAAGAGGAAACUUCCAACGCCAAUACUCUCAAGCGCCGUUGAUCCUUUGCCCCGAAAUUUCUCGGCGUCGCGAAGCAGCUUUGCCUGCAGCACGCUUGAGGGACACGAUGCGGGAAAUAAGCAAGGCCCGCUUACGACCGAGAGGUUCGACUCCGGCAGGGGCAGGCAUUCUCUGUUGGGCGACCGAGCGGCGGCCAGCCCGUCACUGGCCUCUCGGGCAGACCCGGAGUUGGAGUUAGACGGCAGCAGUUCGCGACCUGCCGGGUCAGCGGUGGAUGGAGAAAACAUCUCAGAAGCCGGCGAGGCUCAAGUCCAUGCGGAGAUUCGGAAGCGGAGGCUUUCAGGCGACGGCGGUCUCCCGAAGAAGCGAAAGGAAGCCGGUUCCUCCAGCUGGGCUAGCGAAGACGACCUGGUCAUCGGCGCGAGUUGCUCUAUGGAGCGUGAAAUCAAAGCAUAUGGAAGGGACGUGUAUAGGUCAGUUGAGGUAGCUAGUGAACAUCUUGACGUAUCCUGUCUGGACGAGUUCGGCAGCUCUUGGGCUGUGGAGGAACUGCAAAGGGCCCUUCAGGUGCCCUCCGAAAGGCUGUGCGAAAAACUGCCUGAAAGACCCUCUGAAAAGUUGCCUGUCCCUUUGUUGACCUCACCGCCGCUAUCCUUGCCGGAACCCACGGUAUGCUUGUACACCCUGAAUGUGGCCGGUUCCAUACACUGUCCGUUGGCCAGCAUGCUAGAUGCUUACGUAUUAGGCACUAGGUCUACCUCUGGUUUGCUGAUGGACUGGUACCGUUCUCCACAGGAGCCACGGUUAGCGGAGUCGCCCACCACCGGUUCGCAACUCACCGACUUGCAGAUGGCUCAGCAAGCCAAGGCUUGUUUGAGGAGCUAUUUAUGCUUUAAAAGUAGAGGAGCCGCCCUGUGUGCUACUGCCAUCAGAUAUAAUUCCUACCGCGUGGAGUGCGAGCUGGGUGCUGAUGUCCACAGUCCUGUCAAUACGUCUCCGGCGAAGAGUUCCGUCACGUUUGCUGCUCGGCCCUGUCCGUCCUCCCGGACUAAUAGCAGCGAUGUAAACGCCUGGCACUCCCUGGGAAGUCAUUCCCCAGCAAGCAACUCCCCUGCCAGCGCGAGAAGGCCAGGGAGGGAGGUUCGGGGGAAGGAAGUGCCAACCGUUGACAGACAUGAGGCCGUGGCGAAUGUCAUAUAUUGUUGUACAACGGAGCUAAAGCUUUCCAAGAUAAAAUUGGACACAGCAAAUCCGUGGAGAAUUGAGAACGCUGUUGGUCUGACCUCGGAACUUGACCGAGUGAACUCCUGGUUGAACGCAAAUGCACCAAAGUGUCAUACUCUCACGCUACUCUGGCGGGCGAAAUCCAGAUCCAAGCUUUCCAAGACAGCAGGGGACCGAGAUAACAUGGGCAGACACAUGUCUCGAUGUGUUCAGCAGGCAGUAAAAAAAUGCAUUGCUGCUAGUCCGUGGCUUCAAGACCUGGACUACAGGUUGCACGGAGAAAAUCACAGUCUCGUUUUAGUUUAUGCGCCCUCUAAAAAGCUGUCGCACACGUGUGCGGAAAAUGAAGAAGCGCUGUCAAGCGCACCUGGAUCUGGACGAGGAGCUCGUUUGGAUCAUGAACUGCACCGUAGCGAAAGCUGUCAGCGUCUGCAUUUCAUGACGGCGUCUGUCUCGCACGCAUUCCAACGAGUUGUCCGAGCGUACAUAAAGGCUGCGGCAGAAGAUGUCAUCGAGAAUCCCGUUUCCGGGGUGCUGACGUUGGCGACUGGCGAUGCGGAGUCUACGCUAUCUCGGUCGGCAUCACCCAUAUUAGCCGGGAUUGCUGUCUACUGGAAGCCGGUGGUGUCGUACACACUGCCGUUCAUGCUUCUGCAUAUUUGGAAGCGACAGAUGCGGUCGGCCACUCUGCGAUCGAGUAUAACAGAGAUGCUGGACUGCCUGGACACUGGGAUCGCGUCUUUCCUCGCUUUGCCGUACUGGAAACCGGCUCCGGUGGAUCGAGAUUUGGCUGCGCUAGUAGAUGGUGGUUUGACAUCGUUCCUGAAUUUGCGCAAGGUCCGGAAGAUCUUGAAAAAAAUUCGGAAGGCAUGCAAGGCCUACAAGCAGAACUGUGCCGAGAUCAUUGAUACCCUGAAAGAGGAGGAAGCAGCCGUCACGCUCAAAAUUCCACAGAUAGCCACUAUCGAAGCAGCUACUGAGCGUUUGCGCAAGGCCCGAAAAUUGAUUCGAGAAAUCGUUCGGAAAAGCGUCAUGGCGGUUGAGACCCAACUCUCUACCGAGAUUAUGAAAAUGACGUUUGUCCUGCCGUUACCAUUGCACUUAUGUAAGUCGGAUUUUCGUUCGCGCGCGAGAGGCGUGCCUGCGUAG